AGCGCCGCGCUCUGUGUGCCCCGGGAGGCCCGAUCCUUCCGGAACCGCCAGCUAUGAGUGGUCACUCCCUCAACGCCCGGAACUGCUCUGAGUAAUGACAGACAGAACCGCCUUAACCGGUGACGGUCCCGUGAGGGCCCCAGCAGAGAUGAGGGAGAGCAGCUGGCUGAUCCCCAGAGACACCACAUCCCUGUGACUCUAAGCACUGCCAGGGCCAGGCCAUCUGAAUCGUCCGUAUCAUGGAGCCUCCUGGAGAGAAGCCAGGAGAGACCGAGGUGCUGAGCAUCACACCCCAGCUGCUGAAGUCCCGCUCUGGAGAGUUUGCCCUUGAUUCCAUCCUGUUGCUGAAACUUCGGGGUUUGGGGCUGCUGGACCUGGGCUGUUUGGGGGAGUGCCUGAACCUUGAGUGGCUUGACCUAUCGGGCAACGCACUUACCCACCUGGGCCCACUGGCAUCCCUGCGCCAGCUGGCUGUGCUCAAUGUCUCCAAUAAUCGGCUCACAGGGCUGGAGCCACUGGCAGCCUGUGACAACCUGCAGAGCCUCAAUGUUGCUGGUAACCUGCUGGCUACUCCUAGCCAGCUGCAGUGUCUGGCUGGGCUGCAGGCCUUGGAGCACCUGAGGCUCCGGGACCCUUUGGCCCGGCUCAGCAACCCGCUGUGUGCCAGUCCCUCCUACUGGGCUGUGGUUCGAGAGCUGCUGCCUGGUCUCAAAGUCAUAGAUGGGGAACGUGUGAGUGGGCAGGGCAGUGAGCUGUACCAGUUAUGCCGAGACCUGGACAGUUCCUUGCGCCCCAGCUCCAGCCCAGGCCCCAGAGCAAUAGAGGCCCAGCCAUGGGUGGAUCCUGACUACUGGGAAUCCUGGCCCAUGCAGAACAGCUCCAUUUUGGAAGAGGCCUGCAGGCAGUUCCAGGACACACUGCAGGAAUGCCUUGACCUGGACCGCCAGGCCGGUGACUGCUUGGCCCAGGCCCAGCAGGCUCUGAGCCCGGCAGAAACCACCUCUUCCUUUGUCUUCUGAAUGUGCCUCACAGCCCAGGUAUUCUCAUCGUAGUGAUGUUGCCUACAUCUCUUUCCUACCCCAUGCCCUUGCCUCUCUGGUUUUCUCUGGUCACUGACCCUGCAAAGUAGGUUGUUCAUUUAUCCCUUUCUUGAGAGCAUCCUAACUCCUGCAUCUCCCCAAGGACACUUCCUUCCCUCCUUCCACGCGAGCAGGGACAUGCUUUCCGGGUGGCCUCUAGCAGGUAUAGGAGAUUCCCCUCACUAUCUGGCAAAUGCUGCAGCCAGGCCCAAGGGCAUGCUGAGCCCGGGCUCUCCCAAGUGCCAAGCCUGAGGCUUUCUGGGUAAGAUUACUUGCCACCUGCUAACUCUUAUUAAAUAGUUCUCUGCUCA